CGGCGCCGUCGCGGCCGUGACGCUCCGAGCUGGCCGGGCCGGGCCGGAACAGGGGCAGCGGCGGCGGCGAGCCUGGCCCCGGGAUGGCGAUGUUCCGCAGCCUGGUGGCUUCGGCUCAGCAGCGGCAGCCGCCGGGCGGGCCGGCGGGCGGUGACAGCGGCCUGGAGGCGCAGUACAGCUGCCCGAUCUGCCUGGAGGUGUACCACCGGCCUGUGGCCAUCGGCAGCUGCGGCCACACGCAGCAUGGGCACCUGCCCACACCAGGACAGCACAGCCAACUUGCGGAGACGGGCACCGGGCCUCACUUUCUCAUGCCACUUGUGAGAUUUUGUCGGAGGCAGCCUCUGGACAGGACUCCUUUCUUGUUCUGCGGGGAGUGCCUCCAGCCGUGCCUGCAGGUCCCGUCCCCACUGUGCCCGCUGUGCCGCCUGCCGUUCGACCCCAAGAAGGUGGACAAGGCUGCCCACGUGGAGAAGCAGCUCUCAUCCUACAAGGCGCCCUGCAGGGGCUGCAACAAGAAGGUGACGCUGGCCAAGAUGAGGGUGCACGUUUCCUCCUGCAUGAAGGUCCAGGAGCAAAUGGCCAACUGCCCCAAAUUCGUCCCCGUGGUGCCCACAUCCCAGCCCAUCCCCAGCGCCGUCCCCAACAGGUCCACCUUCACUUGCCCCUACUGUGGCGCCCGAAACCUGGACCAGCAGGAGCUGCUGAAGCACUGUGUGGACAACCAUCGCAGCGACCCCAACCGCGUGGUGUGCCCCAUCUGCUCGGCCAUGCCCUGGGGGGACCCCAGCUACAAGAGCGCCAACUUCCUGCAGCACCUGCUACACCGGCACAAGUUCUCCUACGACACCUUUGUGGUAGGUGCCCAGCCCCGCUCUUGGCCCCUGCCCGCGGCCCCGCCCCAUUCCAACCCAGCCCUGCCCCUGGCCCCU